AUGCCUUGGUCUUUGGCCCUUCCCCAGGCCAUCCUCACCUCGCCCUUUUUGGCGGUGGCCACUCCCCUCACAGCUGGUACUGCUGUCGCUCUCUUGACCAAUCGCAAACAAAAUCGUGAAAUAUACCGAGAGCUCCGACAGCCUCCCUUCAGUCCUCCGGGAUGGCUUUUUGCGCCCGCCUGGACUGUUCUGUAUUCCCUGAUGGGCUUUGCCUCUCACCACUCCAACAAGAUUGCCACAGAGUCAUUCUCUCUUGCCGCUCGCGAUGCGAACAAUACUGCCCAGUCCCUCUAUACCACGCAGUUGGCUCUGAACUUCAUGUGGAUGCCGCUGUUCUUCCGCCUGGGGCGCCCCGCCUCGGCUCUCGCGGAUUUGACCCUCCUGGCCACUAAUGUGGGUGCCCUCAUGGUCAACUGGUGGACCGCUGAUCGGACCGCCUUCUGGUGUCUCGUUCCUUAUGCCGUCUGGCUUGGAUACGCCGCCUAUCUCAACACUGGGGUUGGGAUUUUGAAUAACUGGAGUAUCUAUCGGAAGGAGCGAUCGGAGUAA